AUGGAUGUACUAUCAAACUCUUCAAAGGAUCAACCAAUACUCAUACUCAAUGCUCUGGUCAAACUCAGUACUCACUUUCAGGUUAUUCGUAUAAAAGUGCAUAAUACUUAUGAAAAUGGAUAUGGAGGUGACAUUGCAAUGUUAGAACUGAAUGACACUCUGAAGAUAAGUAGCCAAGUUAUGCCAGCAUGCAUAGAUUGGUCAAACAAACUGAAAUUACUAGACAAACCAUAUGUUUCUGGUUUGAUUGCAGGAUGGGGCAGAACUGAACUAGGCGAUUAUAGCGAUGAGCUGAGAAGUACCGAAGUGUUAAUGAUCAAUCGUACAACUUGUAACAAGCGACUGAAAUUCCCUAACAUACCUGCUGACAAGUGGUGUAUUAUUUCUGAAGACGGUUCCUGGCUUUCCUAUGGUGAUGUUGGAGGAAUUUUGUUCCCGAAGUAUGAAGAAGGAACAGGAGAAAAAACUUAUUACCUGUAUGGUCUUAUAUCUGUUAGCAUUGGCAAUGAUACUGUUGCAGUUACCAAUGUUUUGUCUUAUGAAUAUUGGAUCCAACAUAUAUUUUGA